AUGGCCGCCGCUUCCUCACAGCAAUUCCCGCACCUGCUACUCGUGGCCGCGCUUCUGGCGUUGUGCCUCGUCGGCGCCGCCAGCUCGUCGUCGUCGUCGAUGCAGAUGCAGUGCCACGAGGAGGACCAGGAGGCGCUGCUGGCGGUGAACUCGGCGCUGGGCAGCCCGUACCACUUCGCGUCGUGGACGCCCGACACCUUCUGCUGCGACUGGUACGACGUGGACUGCGACAACACCACGGGCCGCGUCGUCGGCCUCACCGUCUUCGGCGACGGCAACCUGACGGGCGCCAUCCCGGACGCCAUCGCCAACCUCACCAACCUCCGCACGCUGGUCCUGCACCACCUCCCGGGCCUCACCGGGAACAUCCCGGACUCGCUCGCGCUGCUGUCCAACCUCUCCCAGCUCACCAUCUCCUCCACGGGCGUCUCCGGCCCGGUGCCGUCGUUCCUGUCCCAGCUCACGGAGCUCACCCUGAUCGACCUCUCCUUCAACUUUUUCGAGGGCAGCAUCCCGGCGUCGCUCGCCGACCUGCCCAGCCUCUCCAGCAUCGACCUCAGCCGCAACCGCCUCUCGGGCCCCGUCCCGUCGCUGCUCCUCAGCAAGUGCACCGACCAGGCGUACCUCCGGCUGUCGCACAACAACUUCUCCGGCGCCAUCCCCGCCGGGUUCGCCGCCGUCAGCUUCGCGCACCUGGACCUGUCGCGCAACGCCUUCACCGGCGACGCGUCGGGCGUCUUCGGCAAGGGGAAGCCGCUGCAGCACCUGGACCUGUCCCGCAACGGCUUGGCCUUCAGCCUCACGGCCGUGGAGCUGCCGGAGCAGCUGAGCUACAUCGACCUGAGCCACAACGCCAUCCGCGGCCGCAUCCCGGCGCAGGUGGCGGACCUCGCCGGGCUGCAGCUCUUCAACGUCAGCUACAACAAGAUGUGCGGCGUGGUGCCGACGGGAGGGAACAUGGCCAAGUUCAACGCCUACAGCUACCAGCACAACAAGUGCCUCUGCGGCACGCCGCUGCCUUCCUGCGGCCACCGUUUCUACUGA